AUGUUGCGUUCAAUUCUCUUAAAACAAGCUUCGGCAAAUACCUCGAGAGUCUUCUUGGCCUCAAACCUCAAACCAUGCAGAAAUAUUCACUGGUCGCCUCUUCUUUUCAAGAAGAGAGGUAAAGAGCCAGUCCAAAAAGAUGAGCCAACAGAAUCGGCCAAAUCCCCCGAAAUCGACUUCGACGAGGUCUCUCAAAGAUUUCAGGGUGUUCUCGACAAGUUCGCAAAACAUGCAAAUGAAUCCAAAUUGGGAAAGACAAAUCCUCAAAUUUUCGACAACUUACAAGUUGAGACUCCAGACGGGGAGCUUCCAUACACGGCCGUAGCAAUCACUGCUUUAAAAGGACGUAACUUCAUCAUGACAGUUUUUGAUCCUGCUAACGUCAAGCAUGUUGUCAACGCAGUGUUGGCUUCAGAUUUGAAUAUGAACCCAGUUCUUGAUCCUUCGAACAAACAGAUGUUGAAGGUGCCCUUGCCACCCGUGACAACAGAGUCUAAGAAGGAAAGCAUUAAACAAUUGAAGGCUGUUUUUGAUAAAUUCAAAAACGGGGCAGGUGGAUCAGGAAAACAUGCGCAUACUCUCUCGGCUAUCAGAGCAGAUAUCAAGAACAAGAUAUCCACCAAGAAGAAGAUGAACGACCAAGAACAGGCACUUUGGAAGAAAGUCGAGAGUGUGCACAAGGAGUACGUGAAGAAGCUUGAAGACAGCUUUAAAGCAGCCGAAACAGCUAUAAUGAAAUAA